AAAAACAAGAGUAAAGAGGGGAAAAGCCUGAACAGGGCGGGGCCGCUGGGGCGAGAGAUGCCGGAGCUUCCGGAAGUGGAGGCGGCGCGGCGGGCGCUGCAGGAGCACUGCGUCGGGAAACGGAUCGUGAAGUGCGCCGCCGCGGAUGACACCAAGGUCAUCGACGGCGUCGCCCCGGACCAGCUGGAGGCGUCGUUGGUUGGGAGGACCAUCACCGCCGCGCGGCGCAAGGGCAAGAACUUAUGGCUCGCGCUAGACUCCCCGCCGCAUCCCACCUUCCAGUUUGGGAUGGCUGGAGCUAUUUACAUCAAAGGUGUGGAGCUGAGCAAAUAUAAAAGGUCUGCAGUCAGCUCAACUGAGGAGUGGCCCUCGAAGUACUCCAAGCUUUUUGUUCAAAUGGAUGAUGGCUUGGAGUUUUCCUUUACUGAUAAGAGGCGUUUCGCAAAAAUACGGUUGGUUGACAAUCCAGAAGCUGUCCCUCCAAUUUCUGAGCUUGGACCUGAUGCCUUAUUUGAACCAAUGAAGCUUGAUGAUUUUGUGAAAUCAUUAGGUCGAAAGAAUGUGCCCAUAAAAUCCCUUUUACUUGAUCAGAGUUUCGUAUCAGGAAUUGGCAACUGGAUGGCUGAUGAAGUGCUUUAUCAGGCGAGGAUUCAUCCUAUGCAAACUGCAUCGAAGAUAUCAAAAGACAAGUGUGCUACACUCCAUCUGUGCAUUAAAGAGGUUAUUGAUAAGUCCUUAGAAGUUGGUGCUGAUAGCAGUCAGUUUCCUGAGAACUGGAUAUUUCAUUCCAGGGAGAAGAAACUUGGCAAAGCCUUUGUGGAUGGGAAGAAAAUUGACUUCAUUACAGUAGGUGGUAGGACUUCAGCAUAUGUGCCUGAGUUACAGAAGUUAGAUGCGGCGACAAGCAGAUCCAAGGGAAGCAUAGACAAGGAGAAUGGUGAUGAUAAAAAGUCGAGAAAAGGUGUGAAUGCUCCAAAACCAGCAAAGGGACGAGUGAAGGUAACCAAAGGCUCGUCAAACAAAGCUGGUAGUACUAGUGAUGACGGCAAUGAGGAAGAGGCAAAACCAGCAAAGCGGGGAAGGAAGCAAUCAGCAAGGGCAGCCAAUGUCUCAACUAAACAUGGUGGCAGUACUCAUGGCGAUGAAGCUACUGAUGAGGAUCAAGAGGCUGAGGAAGAUGCAAAACCAGCAAAGAGGGGAAGGAAGCAAAUAGAAAAGAGCUCGAAGGGCGGUGAUGAAGAAGCACAUGAUAAGAUGGAGGCAAAACCAGGGAAGAGGAGGGGGCAGAAGACGCAACCAACAGAGGCGAAGAGCAGCUUGCCUAACAAAUUUCAAGACGCUGGCCCGGCAAGGAGACCGCAGAGGAAAGCGCGGCAGACUUGAGCCUGCAAGGGAUUAAACAAUGUAUUUAGCAGUUAGAUUUUGAACUGACAAGCUUUAGUUAACUUGGGUGUGCGGUGCGUCAUGAUAUGGCAUCAGCUAUUACUGCUGCAGAACAUGGACGAACCGCACUUAAUCUCGGUCCUUGUGUCUGGCCAGAUGGGCAGUUUGAAACAUCUCACUGCACUUGUAUGCAAUGCUAAACAUCUCUAAGUCGCAUGACAUUGCCUUAUGCCCUCAUCA